CUCUAAUGAGAUCAAUACGUAAGCUCUCAGAUGAAGCACGCAGUGGCAUACGGAGCGCCUACAUCAUUACCUCGGUACAGCAGCUCACCAGGGAGUUGUUAGAUAACGCGAUAGAAGCAGACUCUACACAAAUACAGGUUCUUAUCUCCUUAGAUGACUGGUCUAUUAAACUAACCGAUAAUGGUAUUGGAAUACAGAAAGAUAGUCUCGCAGAGCUUGGAAGAAGUCAUAUGAGCUCAAAGAAGGGCUCCAAAGGCGAAACCUUAGCCAGCAUUUCCCAGCUAGCAUCACUUAAGAUCACUACACGACAUGCAAGCUCAUUAUCGACUCACACGCUUAUCGCCAGAGCCGGUCACUCUGUGUACUUCGGGUUAAGCUUAGAUGGCAACCGCUCGAGUAGAGGGACAGUAGUAACAGUAACAGACAUAUUUGCCAAUAUACCUGUGCGUCGCAAAUCGCUCAACAAAGCCAGGGAAAUACAUGGUAUCAAGUCAGACAUGCAGUCUCUCGCUCUGGUGCAUCCCGAAAUCGCCUUUGAGUUGCGCAACUCACAGCAAAUACUUAUACAACUUCCUCCGUCGCACGAUACUGUAUCACGGUUCCGCGAGAUAUUCGGCUAUGCUCUCGCAGAACACGUCGAGGAGAUCAACUACCAUGGAUCAGAUCACGUUGUUGAUGGAUUCAUGAGUCUCGAAUGUGCUCAUAGUCGUGCCUAUCAGUACAUAUUCGUCAACAGCCAUCUGAUCGUCGCUGGAGACCUCCACAGCGUGGUGAGCACAACAUUUGCAGAGUCUUCAUUCGGUGUCAUGGCAAAUGAGCCAGCUUCGAUGGAAUCAAAUGCCUCCAGGAGACAUGCUCAACGUUAUCCUGUCUUCUUACUUCACAUUCACAUCCCUUCUAGUAUUCUAGAGAGUACAUAUGAUCGACAUCACAGGAUGUUUUACAUUGAUAACCAAGCAUCGCUUUCAAAUACCUUGAAGCAACUCGUGAUUGACUUUCUCGUCAAGUACAGCUUUAUUUCACCAGUGGCGGAGUCAUAUACUAGCGCUUCCAACCCAAGACACUCACAAGCAACAACGCUUUCCAAGAGUGUUACUGCGAAUAAGAGGGCGGUCAGUGAUUCAGCUGUAAGCACACAACAGAGUGUUCGGUCAGUUACGAGUCCUCAACCUUCGAGGGAUACAAAAAAAGCCAAGAAUGAAAAUGCAUCGAGAACAUCUCAACAAAGACGUACAAUUGACGUACAUGGUAUAAACUCCACACGAACGUCCAAAUCCGACUGGCUCACCAAUGUGCUCAACAAGUGGAAUAACCCCACAUAUAGGCUUCUCAAGAGUACGACAGCCACCAGUGUAGAUUCGUCAGAGAGCCGACGAGAAUCGUUCAAAUUGACAAAAGCAGAUAUAGAGAAUGCCAGGGUGGUCGGACAAGUAGACGACAAGUUCAUAAUGGCGGUCGUCACGACAAAGAAUGCACUCGUUGCAUUCGACCAGCAUGCUGUCGAUGAACGUAUCCGCGUUGAAAGAUAUUUAGAAGCGCUCAUACGACGAGAUGAUAUCGUCCUUGUCGAUCCACCUAUUGGAACACUCUUGACGUAUGAGGAAAUGCGCACUCUGGGCACCAAUGUUGAAACAGUCGAGCAAUGGGGUUUCCUAAUUGACAUAGAUAUCAAGCCAUCGCAAGAACAUUAUGGACAGGUAUUCGUGAAGACGCUCCCUGGAGUCAUGCAUGAUAGACUUAUCCGCGAGCCGAAACUCGUUCAGGAUAUUAUCCAGGAGGCUGUCGCGAGGGGCAUGAAUGAGUCGACGACGCUGAAUUGGCAUGUUAUGGUAGGGCUAUGUCCACCGACUCUACUAUCAUUAGUAAAUUCCAAAGCAUGUCGGAAUUCUAUUAAAUUUGGUGAUACUUUAUCAAUGCGAGAUUGUGAGAUGCUUCUACAGUCAUUGUCACAUACGAAAAAUCCCUACCAAUGUGCACAUGGAAGGUAAGUCUGCCAAUUUAGCCAUUGAAAUAACUGAUGCGUUAUUUAGACCAACG